AUGUCAACUUAUCAAACAACAAAUGAAAAUAAACAACAACUUAAAAUUGAUAUUACUAGUGAUAAUAUUUGUCCAUGGUGUUACAUUGGAAAACGUCGUUUAGAAAAAGCUUUAUCUCAAAUAAAAUCAUCUGAUAUAAAUGUAUCAAUCGGAUGGUAUCCAUUUCAAUUAGAUCCAAAUCUUCCAUGUGAUGGAUCACUUGUGAAAAUGGAUCGUUAUAAACAAAAAUUUGGUGAAGAAUUUAUUAAACAAAGAUUACCACAAAUGAUUGAAACAGGUAAAAAAGAAGGAAUUAAUUUUUCAUUUGGAGGUAAAGUUGGAUCAACAUUUGAUUCUCAUCGUCUUCUUUAUUAUGUUAAACAACAAGAAAAUGGUGAAAAAAAACAAAAUGAUUUAAUAAAUAUUUUAUUUCGUGCUUAUUUUGAACAAGAACAAGAUUUAUCUGAUCAUCAAGUUUUAAUAAAAGCAGCUGAACAAAUUGGAUUUGAUUCAAAUAAAAUCAAAGAAUUUCUUCAAUCUGAUCAAUAUAAAAAAGAAGUUCAACAAGAAAUAAAUCGUAGUCAACAACAAGGUAUAUCUGGUGUACCACAUUUUCGUAUUAAUGAUCGUAUUGAACUUAGUGGAGCUCAAGAUCCACAAGAAUUUAUUCAAGCUUUUAGAAAAGUUGGCCUUCAUAUUUAA